AUGGCUGUCCCUGGCGGCACACAAGCCUCCAUUGCUACCUUUGCAUUUGGCUUCGUCGCUUUGGCGUCUUCCGGCGCCGCAUGGUUCUUCACCUUUGGCAGCCGCCGCCUCAGAGACAAUACGCCCCUUUCAAAUGGGCUGAGGCUGGUCCUCGUAACAUUUCUUCUCUCUGCAGCGUUCUGGAGCAUCAUCGAUUUCGCCGCCACCUUAACCAGCGGCGAUGCGAAUCCCGCCUGUCAAAUCCUCGUGGCCAUUGCCGCCGCCUUCGAUCAGCUCGCUCGUCUCGCCUUUGAGCAGUUUCUACUCUGGCGAAUCAAGCUCAAGAAGCGCUCCACCGCCCUUUUUAUCCUGCAGGUUCUAAUAUUUGUCCGCUUCGUCAUGGGUGGUGUUUUGGUCGCUGUCCAGCGUCCGCAAGCCUACCCCGUCUGCAUCGCCAAGAAUAUAUUGGUUCCCCUCGGCAUUGCGACGCUCGUGACCGACGCACUGAUAGUCUGCAUACUAUUUGUGGUUAUUUGGAUGACUAGAGCAUCGAUACCACCACCAAGUGCAAACAAUACCGGCUUUGCGCCAGCCAAGAUUAUUACCUUCUUGACCUCCGGCUUUGCGGCGUGGUUAGCUGUAAGCCUGCUACUUCCACCUCUCUCGCUAAAGCUAACAUCCAUCAAGACAAGUAUCCCGCUGAUAUUCGGCCUUGAAAUGUUUCCUUUCGUCACUCGAACCGUUGUUCCAUCGAUUGGCCUUCUUCUUCUACUAGGCCUCGUUGUACUAUUCAAUAGAGACGUACUCUAUACGCAAUCCGACCUCCAGCCUCCAUCAAGCGCCGACACGUCCAAAGCUCUGCCUAGUCGACCUUCUAGAAGCCGCGACAGCGAUUCGUCUCCAGAAAUCUUUGAAAGACCUUGGGGUGCAGGUAGCCAGCGGCUUCACAUUGCUCAAGUACAGAGACCUGGCUCCAGGCCUGCUCCAAUGCCCAAACCAGGCUCCCGAGGAAUUGACACGGCCUUACCAAUCAUUAAUCGGCCGGCUCCCGGCCAAACGCAACGAGGGGUCGGUGGCGUUCCCGUUCAAGGGCAGCUAUUUCCACCUGUCCGCGAGACCACAGAUCCGAUUGUGCUCCAGAACCCUCCAAAGAAGCGAUCCAACGGCAAAUUAGCAAUUUCCAACCCUGUCAUUCGAGAAAGCAGCGCUAUCAAGAUCCUGGACAGGAUCCCGACCGUAGAACUGGCCAUGGCUGCAAAAAACGACCAGGAAAGAAGAGCUGCCUCUAGAGCUAUGACAGUUGACGGAGUCGGCCGGAACCAGACUCCGACACUGAAUCCUCAGCGAUCCAGCUUUAAACGGAAGGAAGUUGCCUCUGCUAAUAAUGUACCAGCCAUGUCAUCCGAGCGCUCCUUGCUAUCUCCCGAGGCUGCGACAACAGCUACACAGAUCUCACCUUCCGUAGACGAGUUUCGUCGCCGAUCUCCACGCACGACACUCAACAUAUCCGAAACGCUUCUAUCACCACCAGCGCGAUCUCCGAGGAGACCUUUAAAUCAGGCGUUGAAUCGGUCAGACGCAGGAGCGCCCGCCAUACCGCCCCAAAGCCCACUGAGAAAGAAUGGAUCUGCAAGUUCCGUCCUUCGCGGUAAUUCUGGCAUAUUCAUCGAUCCGAGCACGCCUCCUGCGAUUCCGACGCCCCUACGGCAAGAAAAUACCACCUGGCCAAAGUCCGGUUCGCCCGAAAGCCCGCUUGUCCCUAGGGUCGAGCCACUGCCGAUGCCAUUUCCUACUCCGCGACCUACUACCGCGCCAUCCUACGAAAGCCCAGCUGCCGCUGCCGCUCGUGCAUCUAUCCUCACUCGCAGUGGUCCUGGGUCUGUAAGGAGGGAUAUUCGGCCUUCUAGGCAACGCCCAAAAUCGCGUAAUGCCGACGACGGGCAAGAACCCGUGCCCGCCAAAACUCCCGUGCAAAUGAGGACAGCCAAUGGAAUUCCUCUGAAUCCAAGGGCACAGCCGGCCAAUGAAUUCACGAAUGGGACAAGAGAGCGUGGCAAAACCCUUAUGUUUUCCCACACGUUGGAUUUCGACAGAUCUGGAGAGCCCGUUUCACGCCAAAUAUUUGCUCUCGCCUUGGCCAACUCUUCUCCUUCUGCAGACUCGAUCGUCCAUCGCCCAAGGCCGAUCCCUCGCAAGCGGUCCAUCUACAAGGCCGAAUUUACUAUCAAACUCUCACCUGGCGUGUAUCGGCAUCGCCUGUCGCGGUCAGGCGGCUCUGUCGAGUUGCAGAGAGAAAGCAUGGAGUCGGAAGGGGAUACCAUCUCGCGUAUUCCUUCUUUCCCAGAGCCGCCCAAAAGUGCCGGUGCCGUUUUAGCACUGGCAAAGUAUCGGAAAACUUCUGACAGUGCAAGCAAGGAGGCAGAGACUCCAGGCAGCAUUGAUGACUCUAAUAGUGCCCGGGCUAGCAUUUUCGCUGACCCGGCCCCAUCCAAUGUUGCAAGCAUAGACCCCAAAACGACACUGUCAGAAUCUACGGAAUUCGGUAGUAGAGCCAGCUUGGAACCCGAUUCUGCUUAUGGAUACAAUGUCAAUAUCCGGCGACAGUCUUCUCCGGUGCUUCCAGCCGAAGAGAUGCAACACGUUUCCAUGGCGAACCCCGUGCCACAAUUAGAGCAAAACGCGCUAGUGUCGGGGCCAAGCAGUGCACGGUCAGGCACAAGUACACUUUUACAGCACGACGGCGAUAACGAAACUGGUCCCUUGAUUCUAGACGCAGAGCCAGAGAGUUCAUCUACAGGCCCGAAUGCACAAAGAGACUCUUUUCUACAGCAACCCGGAUGGCAUCGUCGCGUGGGCGAUGAGUGUCCAACAUUUUCAGAUCGCAAAAAUAGCGAAAGCUCGUCCAGGCGUGUGCUGGCACCUACUCCUCUUGUGCUCGGCAGAUCUCGCAGGACGACCAGGAUUGCAGAGACCCCAGAGCCACCCCUGGAGUCUCCCCAGCAUGCACUCGACAUAAUACAGCAGCAGCUGAAGGACCUGGAUGAGGCUGACUCAGAAAGCGGCGUGCAAGAUAAGCAGCGUCGCAGGCUUCUGGAAAAUCUCGAAGCAGAGAUGGGUGCUCAAGAAACACAUUGGCAAGACAUUCGUCGUAAUCUAGCAGACCGGUCGCCCUCAUCUACCAGAUCUUCCCUGCUGCUGCCAAGCGGCGGAGAUUUGCAUCUCACUUCACCCCGGCCAUCUCCAACAUUGGAGUCGCCUGAUCUUGGUUCACCAGUAAUAGGCAGGGGUGCGGACCCUACUAGCGCCCGGCAAAACCACACCAAACCCCCCCCGGCUGACGAGAUAUCCGACCCUGCACCUGGCGAGCUUACUCGUCGGAGCAACUCUGGUUUCACCGACCAAGGCUCGGUCCAGGCCAUAGGCGAAGUAGAAAACCGAGCCAGAUUCGGCAAGUCAGCGUCACGCAAUAAUAAAGACGGUCUGGAACCCACGACUCUGACAAACGAGAUAUCUGCCCCCCGCCAACUUAUGAAUCACCGAACGGCCCCAGAGACAAACAAGAGGGAAGAAAAAUCCGGACAAGACGAAGAAGUUGACUCUGCAUCAGCCAGGAAUAAUAAUUUCAGCGCCUGGACCGCACCCGUCCAGUUUGCGCCGGUUGACAAAACUCCACUUCCGGUAUCGCACUGGAGCAUCGACUCUGAUACUACCGCUUUAGCCUCUGAAGUUUUGCAGCGGGCACAAAGCGUUGCGCAGGAGCCUGACAGCCUGGUCAGAACAGCUGGAGGCACUUUUCCUUUGACUUGGAACACGCAGGUAACACAAGCUCCACAAAGGAUUGAUAAAGUAAUCCUGUCGCCUACGUCCUCCCUGUCACCCAACUCACUGCCCCGGGAAAGCCUGGUUUCACCUCCAGCUUCGGAGCAAAGCCAAAGUCCGCGCCGCCCAGUCACGCAAAAGCCGCCUCGGCGAAGUAAAAGGAUCACGCUGCUCCCCGACAUUCCUGAAAGCCCGCAACCUGUCAGCAACAAGCGCGACACUCUUGGAUUCUUUCAAUUUCCUUGGGGAGAAACAUCAGAUAUCGCGACACUCCAGCCUCAACUCUCCGCGUUUUCGAUUCCACUUCCUGGAGUGACUCUAAACGGAUUUCCUCUAGCCCAGCCAUAUCUGUCUGCCCAAGGACCUGUCUUGCCCUCGCAAGUCUACCCCGUCUCCUUCUUUGAUCACUACUCCGACGACGAGCUUCCUGCCGUCGACAGUGACGAAGACUACUCUGACAACGAAGACUACGAGCCCUUUGACGAGACCACCCUGCAGGAUAUCGCCGACAUGUUGCAGUCCAAGGAAGUUCCCUCUCGCGACAGUCUCUUUCCAGAUUCUGAGGAAUACCGGCCACCUUCGCGCGCCGGAUUCAUUUCUACCGACGAGACGACAAUCUUCGCCGUCCGACAGCUCCCCACUCCUGUCUUGGAAGAGUCAACUCUCGGAAGCAAGGACAAGGAACUCCCACCUCUACCACUCCCCGACAGCUCCGUCUGGAAAAUCAACACCAUGUACACCACCGUCACCAGAAGCGCCGGCCUCGCCCAGCCUGAUGCGAAGACGUGGAGGCGGUACCUCGGCAAACAAGCUGAAACAGGGCGCGCGGCGCCUCGCAAGUCGGAGCCCGCCAGCAUCACCAGCUCGUCUCUCUGGUCUCCCGUGCCCACAACGGCAGACGCUGUUGCUCAAAGCUCGCCCUCUGGCCUCUGGCGGUCUCCCAAGGACGUACCCUCAACUCCCGCUUCGACCACCCCCUCGACCCCUUUUCUCAAUUCUCCUACCACCACAGAGUCCAGCAUGAGCCCAAAGGUUGCCCCGGUCAAGACUACUACCCAGUCAUACGGACUCUGGACACCUCCUGCGCCGGUACCCCGCGUGCUCCUUGGCCUACCGCAGGACGCACGCGAAUGGAGCCGUUACACAGCCAAGAAGAUUCAGUCUUCGCGGCCCAAGCCCAGGCCCUCAGUGUCCGAUGUCAUUCACAGCACCGCUCUUUGGACCAACCCCAGCCCUGCGGCAGUCGCCCCCGCUCCCGUUCCCGCCCCCAAACAAGCGCCAGCAUCCCAGCUGCUCUGGUGCAAGCCGGCCACAGCCCCCACCGAGCAGACCGAGGGCCUCUGGAGCGCCUCGCACGUCCGCCGGCGAUACAAGACGACCGAGCAGCUCCCUGCCGCCCUUCACACGGCCCGCAAGCUGCGCAUCGACCGCCGGCCGCUGGCAGUGCUACGCUCCGCCUCGCUGUGGUCGACGACGACCCAGACGCCCAUGCGCCAGGUGCCCGACUGGCUGGCGCUCUCCACCACGAUGCGUCCCGUCUCGCCUGACAGCGGCGCGUCCACCCUCUCGGACCAGGACUCUGCUUCGGCCUUUGACUCGGUCUCGCUGCGCUCCGAGGCGACGGCCGCUAGCUCUGUCGCUGCUGCCAAGCUGCCGGCGCACCGCAAGACGGCCUCGAAGCAGGCCGCGCAGGACGAGCUCGACGCCGCCUUUCGCGACGUCAUGCAGGCCAAGCUCGUGGUCCCCGAGGCCGUCCCUGAGGAAGAGUCGCAGCCGCAGCAGCCCGAGGAGAAGGAGGAGCUCUAUUUUGACGUCAGUCGCCUGCAUCCCGUCUUUGCCGUCGACGUGCUUCACGUCACUUCGGACAAUGUGCACCCUGCCGCGACGGGCUACUUGCAUAGCAUCAUUAACGGAGCGCCCAAGCCCCGCCGUCGCUAA